AGCAUCUCAAGACUUUGACUGUACCUUGAGAACAUACUCUAAUUUUGACAGCUGUCCACUCUUAAGCUUAGCACUGCGUUAGAUGUAGAGAAUGGCUGAAUGAUGGAGAAACUGGUAUAGUCUCUGUUGGUCUGGGUGACUUUAUGAUAUAUAUACAAAGAAUAGUGUCUGUGGCCCUGGGUACUUUAUAAAAAGUAUUAAACAUUGUAGAGUUAUUACACCCAAUAUAUUGGGUAGCGUAGACUUCGUGGUGGCCAAUAGUUGAGCAAUCUCAUUUGACCACAGGGCUCCUAACCAAUUCCUGGGGAAUUGUAAACUGGGCCCCUCCCCCCUCGAGCUCAGCCAACCAGGAGGCUUGACGUCAGCUUGUCACCAGCGGAGGGAGCCUCCCCUCCCCCAGUGCUGCAUAAUUGUGGCUUUCUGCCUCUCCGCUCCUCCCCGCCUCCCCUUAUUCUGGUGGAUGGAGCUAGCCUGGAAUUAGCAGACCGAAGCAUAGCAUACGACAGACAGACAGACAGCCAGACAGACAGACAGACAGACAGGUAGUGACAGACCGACAACAGUGUGUGUGUUAGUAUGGAAUCAAGCUUUAAAUCUGUCGGCAGGAACCCCCAUCAACUCUACUACCUGAACUUGCAGAGAAGAAGUGAGAAAAUGGAGCGAGGAAUGAUGGAGGAACAGAAUCAGAUGGUGUCUAAGAGGAAGCUGAGGGUGUGUGUCGCUACCUGCAACCGCGCCGACUACUCCAAGCUAGCUCCCAUCAUGUUUGGGCUCAAAGCCCACCCGGAGAGCUUCGAGCUGGAGGUGAUGGUCCUGGGCUCGCAUCUCAUCGAUGACUAUGGGAACACGUUCCGGAUGAUCGAGCAGGACGACUUCGACGUGAGCUCCAAGCUGCACACCAUCGUGCGGGGGGAGGACGAGGCGGCCAUGGUGGAGAGCGUGGGCCUGGCCCUGGUCAAGCUGCCCGACGUGCUGCAGCGCCUGCGCCCCGACAUCCUGGUCGUCCACGGCGACCGCUUCGACGCCCUGGCGCUGGCCACCGCCGCCGCCCUCAUGAACAUCAGGAUCCUGCACCUGGAGGGGGGAGAGGUGAGCGGGACGAUCGACGACUCCAUCCGCCACGCCAUCAGUAAGCUGUCCCACUACCACGCCUGCUGCACGCGCAGCGCCGAGCAGCACCUCAUCGCCAUGUGCGAGGACCACAGCCGCAUCCUGCUGGCCGGCUGCCCCUCCUACGACAAGCUGCUGUCGCCCACCAAGAACAACCACCUGGACACCAUCCACACCUGGCUGGGGGACAUGGUGCAGGAGAACCAGUACAUCGUGGCCCUGCAACACCCGGUCACCACGGACAUCCAGGGCUCCAUCAAGAUCUACGGCCUCAUGCUGGAUGCCCUCAUCUCCUUCAACAAGAAGACGCUCAUCCUGUUCCCCAACAUCGACGCAGGAAGUAAGGGGAUGGUGCGCGUGAUGCGGAUGAAGGGCAUCGAGCAGCACCCCAACUUCCGGGCGAUGAAGCACAUCCCGUUCGAGCAGUUCAUCCAGCUGGUGGCCCACGCCGGCUGCAUGAUCGGGAACAGCAGCUGUGGGGUCCGCGAGGCCGGGGCCUACGGGACCCCCGUCAUCAACCUGGGCUCCAGACAGACGGGCCGAGAGACAGGGGAGAACGUUCUCCACGUCCGGGACGCUGACACCCACAACAAGAUCUACCACGCCUUGGAGCUGCAGUUUGGAAAGCGCUACCCCUGCUCUAAGAUCUACGGCGACGGGAACGCGGUGCCGCGGAUCCUGAAGUUCCUGCGGAGCAUCAAGCUAGACGAGCCGCUGCAGAAGAGCUUCUGCUUCCCGCCCGUGAAGGAGGCCUUCUCCCAGGACAUCGACCACAUCCUGGAGACCCAGUGCGCACUGGCCGUGGACCUGGGGGGCACCAACCUCCGCGUGGCCAUCGUCAGCAUGAGGGGGAAGAUCAUGAGGAAGUACUGUAAGCCCAACCCCAAGACCUACGAGUCCCGGAUCCAGCUCAUCCUCAGCAUGAGCCAGGACGCCAUCCAGGAUGCUGUCCGCCUCAACUGCAGAAUACUGGGAGUCGGCGUGUCCACGGGGGGGCGGGUCAACCCCCAGGAAGGGGUGAUCCUCCACUCCACCAAGCUGAUCCAGGAGUGGUCGUCGGUGGACCUGCGCACGCCGCUCUCGGACGCGCUGCACCUCCCCGUGUGGCUGGACAACGACGGCAACUGUGCAGCGCUGGCGGAGAAGAAGUUCGGCCACGGCCAGGGCGUGGAGAACUUCGUCACCAUCAUCACCGGCACAGGUAUCGGGGGGGGCAUCGUGCACCACCACGAGCUGGUGCACGGCAGCACCUUCUGCGCGGGGGAGCUGGGCCACAUCAUGGUGUCUCUGGACGGCCCGGAGUGCAUGUGCGGCAGCCGGGGCUGCGUGGAGGCCUACGCCUCGGGCAUGGCCCUGCAGCGCGAGGCCAAGAGGCUGCACGACGAGGACCUUCUUAUUACGGAGGGGAUGGAGUUGAAGAAGGUGGAGGCCGUCAGCGCCGUGCACCUCAUCAGCGCCGCCCAGCAGGGGAACGCCAAAGCUCAGGCCGUCCUGAAGACAGCCUCCACAGCUCUGGGCGUGGCUGUGGUGAACAUCCUCCACAUGACCAACCCGUCGCUGGUCAUCCUGUCGGGGGUGCUGGCGUCGUACUACCAGUCCCCGGUCCAGGACAUCAUCUCCCAGAGGGCCCUGGCCUCCUCCCAGGGCAUCAAGGUCGUGACCUCCGACCUGGAAGAACCUGCUCUGCUGGGUGCCGCCAGUAUGGUUCUGGACUACACCACCAGGCGGAGCUGCUAACCAGACCCGGACACACACACGCACGCACAAAAAGACACACACACAUACACACAUAACACAGGUACACAGACACACAGACAGUCCGAAGCAUUGUUAUUGUUUGUUUGGUUAACAGCAAACUUUCACUAUUUAAAUAUAUCUAGAUAUAAAUAGCUUUAUUUAUAUAUAUAUCUUGAUGUAUACAUAUUUAAUUUAUAUGUAUAUUUAUAUGAAUCAUUCCGUUUGAGAGCCAGAAAUGGUUUGAAUUGUCCAGAGGUCAUAAUGGAAACUGAUUAGCCUGGCCGCCAUCUUGGUGCUAAAUGCUAGCUGGGUGGGGGGACUGAAUGCCCCGCUCAGCGAGCAGCUUGAACCAAAGAAGGCGCAAGGGGACUGGGUUCCACGGAGCCGCACGUUGUUUCUCUCCCAGCAGCCCGCGGUCUCUCUGCGCUGCUGCCAUGGCCUUACUUUGCUCGUGCAUACGUGAUUUGCAUUUCCACAAACAUGACGUGCCAUGAACUAGCAUAAAGGAGCCUCUGGUCUCCUUUUAUUAAUAGGAAUAUACUUUAGAGUAAGUAAUAUAUAUAUAUAUAUAUAUAUAUAUAUAUAUAUAUAUAUAUAUAUAUAUACAUCUCCAAAUUGAAUUUGUUUUUGGCUACUUUCGGGCGCUCUGCGUCGUGCCUGUGGAGCAACAGGACUGAAUCUGGAUGGGUCUUCAUGUGGAACCCCUACCUCAAAGCAUUCCUCCACACCCUGUCUACCACGCCAGCCCACACACAGGCUCCGCCCCCCCGCACAGUGGCCCACCCACUACCGACUCGGCCUCGCCCAGGGCUCUACUGUACUUUACUACUCCGCUGUACGCCCUACUGUAGCUAAACUCUACUGGAGGGCCUGAUGAUGACGUGCGUUUGGCAACGGCCAAGUUGUCUCCGGUGUCUGAGAAUCAUCUCUUAUCGAAUGGGAAUGAAGAGUCUGAGUGGCGUCAGGAUCACAACCUCGCUAGACUGGAAACGAUGGGGUUGAUGUUACCGCGAGAGGAAACGAAAGGAAGAACAACUGUUUGCUUCACGUAUAGAUUGCACGAAGGUUGAAAGUGGAAGAACUUGUUCUAAUUUGUCAGCACCUAUGAUUCAAUUGAAAUGUGCUCCCACGGAGACAUGACUGGCCUACUGAACCUGUAAUGAUUGAUUUGGAGCUGUUUUGUUUGUCUGCCAACAUCCACGUAAUCCUAUUGUUUUGUUGACUGUGCACACAUGCUUGCAUCUUUACAAGGGGACCAUUGCUUCCUGCCCACUCUCUCUAAAGUCUCCACACUCUUUCUCCUCGAGGAAAUACUGACUUAUUUUAGACCUGGCAUGAAAUGUCAAGUGUAAUCUCUUUCUCCUGUUGGGAGUGGUUUUACUACGUCAAAAGUUCCCAAUAAAGGAACAGUAUUUUGACCUUUAUCUACGUUGUCUUUGUGUUUAACCAUUCAAAUCAAUUC